UAUUGUUCGGUGACCGAGCCAACUGUGGAUCUUUCUCUCUCUCCAGCGUAAUCCGUCUCCACGGGCAGCCGGCCGACAUGGCGACCGCCAAGACGCUUCUCUCCGGAACAGUCCUCCGUGUGUGAGCGGGUUCGGGGCGGGCAGUGUUGGAGAUCAGGCCCAGAGACGGGGAUUCAUUCACAGCUCCUUUUUUAAGGGGGAAAUCUGGUCCGCGGACGCCGCGUUUUAUAAUCAGGGCCUGUGGAGACAGCGAGGAAGACCAUGGUGGAGCAGGAGCCCACGUCUACAGCGGGGCAGCGGCUGGGCGCCCCGGAGACGCUGGGCAUUAGCACGCUGGAGCCCGGCCACAAACCGCCCGCCAUGCCCUCCGGCCGACACGUGCCCAUCAGAGUCCGAAUGCUGGACGAGUCGGAGGAGAUAUUUGACAUCUCGCAACGAGCAUCAGGCAAGGUUUUGUUUGACCUGGUCUGCGCUCAUCUCAACCUGAUUGAAGGAGACUACUUUGGCUUGGAGUACCAGGACCAGCGCAAGAUGACGGUUUGGCUUGAUCUACUGAAGCCCAUCAUGAAGCAGCUCAGACGGCCCAAGCACACAGUCCUGCGGUUUGUAGUGAAGUUCUUUCCUCCUGAUCACGCCCAGCUGAUGGAGGAGCUGACCAGGUACCUGUUUGCUCUCCAGAUCAGGCAGGAUCUGGCCACCGGUCGACUUACCUGCACUGACAGCAGCGCUGCCCUGCUUGUCUCACACAUUAUUCAGUCUGAGAUUGGAGAUUAUGAAGAGGCUCAGUGCAGGCAGCACCUCCUCAAUAACAAUUACAUUCCUGACCAGAUGGCUCUUAUGGACAAGAUCAUGGAGUUUCAUCAGAAGCAUGUUGGUCAAACGCCAGCCGAGUCAGACUACCAGUUAUUAGAGGUGGCACGCAGACUGGAGAUGUACGGCAUCAGACUGCACCCUGCUAAAGACCGAGAGGGGACCAAACUCAGCCUGUCUGUCGCACACACAGGAGUUCUGGUCUUUCAGGGUCACACCAAGAUCAAUGCCUUUAACUGGUCUAAAGUGCGCAAGCUGAGCUUCAAGAGGAAGCGCUUCCUCAUCAAACUCAGACCUGACCUCAAUCAAAGUGCAUAUCAGGACACUCUGGAGUUUGUGAUGGCAAGCCGGGACUGCUGUAAAGUUUUCUGGAAGAUCUGUGUAGAGUACCACGCAUUCUUCAGACUGUUCGAGGAACCUAAACCCAAACCUAAACCUGUGCUGUUCAGCCGGGGGUCGUCUUUCAGGUUUAGUGGUCGGACUCAAAAGCAAGUGAUUGAUUAUGUGAAGGAUACGGAGUAUAAGAAGCUGCCUUUCAACAGGAAACACAGUAGAGUUCAGUUUAACAGCAGUCUAUCUCCCCUGCCUUCUCCACUACACUCACAAGUGCCAAACCAACCUGAGGGGCGGAGCAGGAAGGAGUCUGCGUUGGUAAGCUCGGAGGACUCUGCAGCUCUGAGGAUGCGUGGAAGCCCCUCCACAGCAGGUCAGCGGGGCGGCAGGAGCGACGGCGGGUCAGCGGCCACGGACGACUCUCGGGGUCAGGCCAGGCAGCAGGGCGCCGAGCUCCACACAGCAGAUGUGACAGGUUUGUCAGUGUCUCUGGUAAACGGUCAUCGGCGUGGAGGAGAUGAGCUGAAUGGUGCGAGUCCCAGUCCGGAUGGUCAGCAGCCCUCCCCCCUCACCUCCCCUCUGCUGAACGACAGCAGCGCUCUGCGCACAGACGACGAGGAGGAGAACAGGAGGAAGAGAUUCCCGACUGACAAGGCUUACUUCAUCGCUAAAGAGCUGCUCACCACUGAGAGAACUUACCUGAAGGAUCUGGAGCUCAUCACUUUGUCAUUUCAGAAUGUCCUGGAUAAAGAAGAGUGCGCUCCUGAGUCUCUGAAGAGCCUGUUGAAGUCCAGCUUUGAGCCGCUGCACACCUACCACUCAGACUUCCUCAAAGAGCUGGAGCAAAGACUGGCUUUAUGGGAAGGGCGCUCUAACGCCCAUAUUAAAGGAGAUUACCAGCGUAUUGGAGACGUCAUGUUGAAAAACACACAGGGACUGAAGCUGCUGACGGCUCAGCUGCAGAAGCACUCGGAGUGUGUAACUGAGCUGGAGAAGGCGUGUCGAGCCUCUCGGAGGCUGGAGAAUGUGUGUCGAGACUUCGAGCUGCAGAAGGUGUGUUACGUGCCCUUAAACGUCUUCAUCUUGAGGCCGCUGCACAGGCUGCUGCAUUACAAACAGAUCCUUGAGAGGCUGUGCAAACACUACCCCGCCACACACUCCGACUUCAGAGACUGCAGGGCUGCUCUGGCUGACGUCUCUGAGCUGGAGGCUCUGCUGCACUCCAGCAUGCUGAAGACUGAUAACUACCAGAGGCUGCUGGAACUGCAGAAGGACCUGAUUGGGGUGGAUAAUCUGGCAACCCCGACACGCGAGUUCAUCAGGCUGGGCUGCCUGAGCAAACUUUCCGGGAAGGGCCUGCAGCAGCGCAUGUUCUUUUUGUUCAGUGAUGUGCUGUUGUACACCAGUCGGGGGAUAACAUCAUCUAAUCAGUUUAAAGUACACGGUCAACUUCCUCUCCGUGGAAUGACAAUCAGGGAGAGUGAGGAGGAGUGGGGAGUUCCUCACUGCUUCACUUUGGUCACCCAGCGGCAGUCAGUGGUGGUGGCAGCAGGUUCUGUAUCAGAGAUGGAGAAAUGGAUGGAGGAUUUAAAGAUGGCUGUGGAUCUGGCGGAGGACUCGAAUGGACCGUCGGCAAGUCUGCUGACCAAUAGCAACGAUGUCAAGUCUCCAGGGGAGUGGGCCUCGGAGGUGGAGUCAGAGGAUGACCUGGGUGGGUCUCGCACAUCUCUGGAACGCCAUGGCAACAGCUCAGCACAUCACCGUGGCAACACCACGGUUCAUGUGUGCUGGCAUCGCAACACCAGUGUUUCCAUGCUGGACUUUAGCAUAGCGACGGAGAACCAGCUCUCAGGCAACCUGCUGAGGAAGUUCAAGAACAGCAAUGGCUGGCAGAAGCUCUGGGUGGUUUUUACAAACUUCAGCCUAUUCUUUUACAAAACACACCAGGAUGAGUACCCAUUGGCCAGUCUGCCUUUGCUGGGUUACUCUGUAACUGUUCCAGCCGAGUCUGAGAACAUCCAUAAGGACUAUGUGUUUAAACUUCACUUUAAAUCCCACAUCUACUACUUCAGAUCUGAGAGCGAGUACUCCUUCGAGAGGUGGAUGGAAGUGAUCCGCAGUGCCACCAUCUCCUCUAGCAGAACCCGUUACCUAAACCGCAAGGAGCCCUACUGAGCCAUCCAGCCUUAGGGAGCAACUGUGUGUGUGUGUGGAUGUAUGUGUAUGUGUGCAUGACGUAGGUGUGUAUGUGUGUGAGUGCUUGCGUGCGGGAUCUGAUCUUGAUGGUCAGUUUGUGUUAAAACAGAAUCACUUUUUGUGACAUUAACGUUUUCUAUCAUGAUUUUUCACACCAUAAGACACAUUAAUCCAGUGCGUCCGACAGUCCCCAUGAAGAGUCCUGGUGCUUUUUUUUAAUGGUGACAUGUCCGCUGAACGUCGUAUUUUUCUGCAUAUCUGCUUUUUUCUGCAUUUUUACUGGGCUGUUUGCCUCUUUUAUAGAAUCUCAUUUUAUAUACUAUAAUUAAUGAUCUAUCUGUGCGCACUCUGGUCUGCCAUAAGUGUCACUUGUUACUUCAUAACAGAGGCCUAUCGAUACUGGUGCCCUGAUUUUUUAAGAAGUAAAUUCAUAUGCAUUUUAUUUCUGCGGAACAACUUGCAAAACAACUUUCUAUGUUUUAAUGACUUCAAAUAACAGACUGUCUUCUUGUAAUCCACCAGUCUAUGUGCCAAACGUUUUUUUCUUGUUUUUGUUUUUUUUAUGUCUUUCAGACUUCAAGUACAAUUUACAUUCAUUGAUAACAGAAGCCUUCAUAAAGUUGUGUUUUUGGAGCGGUUUUAAAAACACAGGUGACUUUAACGUUUCCACAGAAAAUGAAAAAAAAAAAAAAAAACUGAGGAAGAAAUUUUAAACCUAAUUUUCUCUCAUUAAGAUAUCUAAGGUACUUCAAAAAAGUAUUACAUGAAAAUGUAUUUUAUGUCUUUUCUUUCAUUAUAUAAGUACUGAUAAUGACAUUUCUUAAUUCAGGGUUGUUAAAAAAAAAAUCCCGCUGCCAUUUUAGGAGUAAAUCACGAUCUAGCCCACUCCAUAUUAUAAUAAAACCACACUUCACAUCGUUAGAACAGCCAUGCUCCUCACUGCAGUUUAUGCAAAAACCACAAUCGGAAGCUACGCAUAUGAAGAAUGCCAUUGAGGAAGUAAAGCUUUAAAUUGUAGAGUUGAACAUACUUUUCUUUUGUAGAUUUAAGCACUAUUUACUCUCAGAAGACAAGGCUGCCUCAUGUAAUGGUCUGUUUGGGAGGGGUUUACCUGUGACAACAAAGAAAGAACACCAAAAAAAAAAACAGGACUGAAGGAGAUCGGCAUGGCUAUUACUCUAGCUUGGGCAGAGAAUGGGGUUUUCAUAUUCCAGAUAAAUAAGAAAAUGAAAGAGAAACAGAGUGUUCUAUGGAUAUGAAAGCAAUAAACACAUUUGAACAUCCUGAAUAA